AUGGCUAACGAAAAGACAGACAACCAAAUUGAAAAAUUAAUGGAUGUACCAUUAGAAUUCGUUAAGGAUGGUAACCAAUUUUUGACCAAGUGUAAGAAACCAGACUGGAAAGAAUAUUCCAAAAUAGUGAGAGCUGUUGGUAUUGGUUUCCUUGCUGUUGGUGUCAUUGGUUACGCUAUUAAGUUGAUCCAUAUCCCAAUUAGAUACGUCAUUGUUUAA